CGGGCGCAAGGCAGAGGGAGCUAGGAGCCAGAGGGACAACGCCACAAUGAGGCCAGAGCCACCCGCUUCCCGCGAUCCGCUCCGGCGGGAGCCAGCGAUCCCAGGGACAACGCCACAAUGAGGCCAGAGCCACCCGCUUUCCGCGAUCCGCUCCGGCGGGAGCCAGCGAUCCCAGGGACAACGCCACAAUGAGGCCAGAGCCACCCGCUUCCCGCGAUCCGCUCCGGCGGGAGACAGCGAUCCCAGGGACAACGCCACAAUGAGGCCAGAGAAACUCGCCUGCCGGGAGGGCUGCUCCCGGGGACCCGCACACAGUCCGCCCGGUGCUCCUGGGCCGCGGCGGUUCUUAGCCCGCGGAGCCGGCCUGCUGGGGCUCUGCGAGGAGCGCGGCUCGGCUAGACGCGGAGGGCGGAGCGCACGGCCCGCGGGAGCCGCCUCUCCGGUCCGAGCCGAGGUCGUGCAUUAAAGAAAGGAUCACUCCAGCCUCCGCGGCUGCCUGGCUAGAUCGGGGGGCCGAGCGCGUGGCAGCCCGAGCCCGCCGUUUCCCGGCCUGGCCGGAGGCAAUCUUGCGUCCUCGCGGCCUUUCCGUGCCCAAGUGACCUCUCCUCCGUGCGCUCCCUACGCUUUUCCGGGGGGUGCUCUUGUCCCAGGCCUGCACCCGUUUGCAGCGACUUCCCAGGGGUUCGGAGGAGCGGCAGGACUCAGGACUCAGCCUAGAAGACAUGUAAGGAUGGCUGCGGGGACCAGUCGUUGAGGAAGGAGCAGCCGCGUGUGUGUGUUGUUUUUCUUUGGAUCUGUUGUUGGAGUUGCCAAAGGAGCCCGGACUGUGCUUCCCUUCCCGGGGUCGCAGGCCAGUCCGCUCUGUCUGCAAAGCUAGCGGGGUCCGGAGCCCCAGUUCCAGAACGUGGGUGCCGGGCGGGCGGGUUUUUCCGCCUUUUGAGGUCGCAGGGGCGGGGUUCCAGGGCGCCCGUGACACGCCCGGCCACGUUGCGGAACAGGAAGCGUCGGGGAUGCUCAGCGGGUUUCAGAGGACAGGGGAGAUGUUGGGGUCCGGCUCGCCUGGGGUGCUUGGCUUUCCGGUCUGCAUUGUGUCGUGCUGAGCGCCAGUGCAAGUGGGAUUUUACAGGUUCAUGGCUAAGACCUGGACAUCGUCUGCACCUUCCCCGGGAUUCGACAGUUUCCUAGUGGUGACUCCUUGAUGCGUCUGACUCGUGGUUGCUGGCAGCUCCUGGGCUGGAGACAUGGCUGCUUUCCAAUUUGGGUUUGGAAGGCUGAAUUUUCAUCUGUUGAAGAGAAGGAGUUUCUUGCUGUUGAAACUCAUAGCUUUUGUCUGUUCCGUGCUUCUGUUUUGUGAAUUUUUAAUCUAUUACUUAGUGAUCCUUCCGUGUAAUUGGCCCGAGGUGAAAACUCCAGCCCAUGGCGGGAAACAAGAGACUCUCGAACCUGUCCUGAAAGCCAUGUUUUUGGCCGAUACCCACUUGCUUGGGGAAGUAAGAGGCCACUGGCUAGACAAAUUACGGAGGGAAUGGCAGAUGGAGAGAGCCUUCCAGACGGCUCUGUGGUUGUUGCAGCCGGAAGUCGUCUUCAUUUUGGGAGACAUCUUCGAUGAAGGGAAGUGGAGCUCCCCCCAGGCCUGGGCGGAUGAUGUGAAGAGGUUUCAGAAAAUGUUCAGACACCCAGGUCACGUGCAGCUGAAGGUAGUUGUUGGCAACCAUGACAUUGGCUUCCACUACCAGAUGAACAGAUACAGAAUAAAACGAUUUGAGAAAGUUUUCAACCCUGAAAGGCUAUUUUCAUGGAAAGGAAUUAACUUUGUGAUGGUCAACAGCGUCGCCCUGGAAGGGGAUGGCUGCAACAUUUGCUCUGAAGCAGAGGCUGAGCUCAUGGACAUUUCUCACAAGCUGAACUGCUCCCGAGAGGAGCAGCGCCCCGGCCAGUGUGGGCAUGGGCCGCCGCUGCCGGCCUCGGCCCCCGUCCUCCUGCAGCAUUUCCCGCUUUACCGGCAAAGCGACGCCAACUGUUCUGGGGAGGACUCCGCGCCCCCGGAGGAGAAGGGCAUCCCCUUUAAGGAGCGAUAUGACGUGCUUUCUCGGGAGGCCUCACAAAAGCUGCUGUGGUGGCUCCGGCCGCGCCUGAUCCUGAGCGGCCACACGCACAGCGGCUGCGAGGUGCUCCACGGCGCCGGGGUCCCCGAGCUCAGCGUGCCGUCUUUCAGUUGGAGGAACAGAAACAACCCCAGUUUCGUCAUGGGCAGCAUGACGCCCACAGAGUAUGCCCUGGCCAAGUGCUACCUUCCCUUGGAGGACACGGUUCUGAUGACGUACUGUGCAGCCGCGGGGCUCCUUGUGGUCCUCAUGUUGGUUCACCUUGGACUUGUAGCCUCACCUGUUCUUUUUGGUUAUAAGCUGCUCAGAAAGUUUAAGACAGUGUGAAGAGCAGGAGGCUUUUUGCAUUUAGUCAUCGACAUCAAAGCCAAAGAAACUGAACUUCAGGCAGUGCUCAUGGGAGAUGAGACCCAAGUAGACGACUGUCUUGAUGCACAUCACAGAAAUGCUAAAUCAUGGAUGCAAAUGACUGCAGAAUAGAUAGUUUAUUGUACUGUUCUCAUGCUAUGAAAAUGGAACAUGUACUCUACGACAAGUCUGUUUUCUCAUUUUUUUUUUCAAAUAUAUGUGGAAUCAAAGAUUGUAUCUGUACAAUACGUAAAUGCUAUUUAUUAACGUCAUCACUUGCAUGCACUGGACAGGCCUUCCUUCCCCAGGAGGGAGCCAGCAGCCCCGCGGCACACGGGGGCUUAGGUGUGCACACACCAAACAUGGGGUUCGCUUCUGUCCUCCUAUGACGUUGUUCUCAAAGUCCUAUAUAGUACAAAGCUGUACAAUGAAAAUGAAAGUACAGAUGACACGAGGAGGAAUAUACUGUCUACACAGACUUUUUAAAAUCAGGGUAAUUUUCUCUCUAGCAGACUGAGUUGUUAAAUUGGAACUUAUUGCCUGUCAAUGAUGAAAAUAAAUUUGAAAAAUGGAUGAGGGAGUGGUUUUUUUUGUAUUUAAAAAUAAAUAUCUAGGUAAUUUUAAGCCAGAUUUGUUUUUGUGUGUAUUUUUUCAAUCAAACUUUUAAAUAGGAAGUUUAGUUACAGGAGGAUUGUUGAGUAAUAGUAAUGCAUGCAACAAUAUAUGCCUUUAUUUUUUGUGGGGGGUUUUCUGUUCAGUUUUCAUGUUUUACUUUGAAAGUGCAAUGGAAACUGAAAAUAAGUUCUGCUUUAGAUGUCUCAGUUCAACUGAGAGUUUUACCAAAGAGUUAAGGAUGAGAGGGGAACAGGAAUUGGGUGAUAAUGAAAUAAAAUGUUUGUUGCAUUGAUUGUC